UUCCAGACUCAUUCCUGGUCACGUUUUCACGACCUGCUCCUGCAAACCACUGGCAGUAUUUCACCGACAUAGAUGAAAUGUCCAGAAAACAGAUUGCAAACAUCCAGCAGAAACACUCUCUGCUUUUGAUUGAAGAAGGCGAGAAGAACUUGCUCUGGACAAAACGUUCAUUCUCUAACAGUUCAAACUGUUUCCUUCCUCUCUUACUGGGUAGUGCACCUAGCUGUGGUUCAGAAUCACUAUCUGAGAGUUAUGCAGUGCUCAGAAGGUGGAACAUCUCAGCAAAUCCUUUAGAGUCACUGGGACUAUUGCUUUCAAGCUUUUCAGAUCAAGAGAUUCGUCAGGCUGCAGUCCAACAGAUUGGAUCUAUUCCGGAUGAUGAGUUGUUAGAUUAUCUGCCGCAGUUAGUUCAGGCAGUAAAAUUUGAAUGGCAUCUUAACAGCCCGCUUGUGGAACUUUUACUCGAUCGCUCAAUCAGGAAUAUUCGAGUUGCACAUCAUUUGUUCUGGUUAUUGAAAGAUGGCUUGGCAGACUUUCAAUAUAAGGAUAGGUAUAGCCAGCUAUUAGCAGCUGUGCUCUGCUGUUCAGGGCAAGCCAUGCGAGAAGAAUUUGAUAAAGAGACCAAGCUCAUCGAUAAGUUAGCUGAGGUAGCACAGAAGGUCUGGGCAAUGGACCAGUCAAAACGUUCGACUUUAUUAGCGAAAGAGAUUGAAGAAUUAGACAAAUUCUUCUACCAGGAACAUGUUUGCCGUCUGCCAUUGAAUCCUGUAUUUGCAGUCAAAGGCAUCGAUGCCAACGCUUGUUCGUAUUUCACCUCAAAUGCUGUUCCUCUGAAAAUAUCUUUCGUAAAUGCAGACCCUUUGGGUGAAAAUAUAAACGUGAUAUUCAAGUCAGGAGACGAUCUUCGGCAGGACAUGCUUGUUCUGCAGCUGGUUAAAGUGAUGGACAGGAUCUGGUGCCAGGAGGGGCUGAAUCUGAGCAUGAUCAUCUACAAGUGCAUAUCAACAGGAAGGGGAAGAGGCUUGGUAGAAUUGGUCCCUGAUGCCACAACACUUGCCAAGAUCCAUAUGAAACAUGGUAUCAUUGGGCCACUCAAGGAGCACACUCUUUUAAAAUGGUUCCAGGAACACAACCCCACUGAAGAACAGUACAAGAACGCUGUGGAAAACUUCGUCAACUCCUGUGCAGGCUGGUGUGUUGCUACGUUCGUUUUGGGCAUCUGUGACCGCCACAAUGACAACAUAAUGCUGAAAACCACAGGCCACAUGUUCCACAUCGACUUUGGAAAAAUAUUGGGUCAUGCUCAGAUGAUUGGAAGCAUGAAAAGGGAUCGAGCGCCUUUUAUAUUUACAUCUGAAAUGGAGCAUUUCAUCACAGAAGGUGGAAAAGAUGGAGCUCGUUUCCAGAUGUUUGUGGAUCUAAGCUGUCGGGCUUACAACAUCAUUCGACAACACACUCAACUCUUGAUGAAUUUACUGGAGUUGAUGCUGUCAGCUGGACUUCCUGAGCUGGCUGAAGUCCAGGACCUGAAGUACGUUCACAAUAACUUGCGACCAAAGGACUCGGAUGCACAGGCCACCUCUUACUUCACAAGCUUGAUAAAGGAGAGCCUGAGAAGCUUACCAGUGAAGAUCAAUUUUGUCGCCCACAUCUUAGCACAGAUGAAAUUGGUAGGCCCAGAUGUCCAGCCAAGCCUGACCUUUGCACCAGAAAAGUAUACAUUAGAGACAGACGGUCUAAUAAGCUGUGUGGCAGUGUGUGGUUAUGAGAAGAAAAUUGUUCCUCCUAAGGAUUAUUUGGCAAUGUGCCUGGAUGCUGGACCAAUGAUAGGAGGAUAAUGAUAGUGUGGUUCAAUUUGAGA